GGCCCGAGCGAGUUGAGCUACUGUAAUCCGAGGGGAUUGCGUUUGUGUGGCAAUUGGCAAAGAGCCGACACACGGAGAGGAGAGAAAGGAAUGACAGUUUGCUCUCCUUUGAAAAACAUAUAUUUUAUACGCAUGGAUUGAUAACACAGUUAAUAAUGGAAUGAAGAAAAGACACAACAAUCCAAAAAAUGAUACUCAAACUUUCGAAGUGAGAUUUGUUUAACGGGAUUGAACUCCUGAAUUCAGGCGCAGAGAUUUCCAGUCAAACCGACGCACUGGGAGUUAAACAUGGAUGGUCGUGAACCAACGGCAGCUUUGAGGAAUUAAGGCCGUUUCUGUUUUAUUUGUGGUGUUCGAUUGCUCUAUCCAACGUAGGUGUGUUUUGGACACAUCCACAGAUUCAAGAUAUCUCUCUGAUUCCAGUUUACUUGAGCUCUAUCAACGUGAAGAUGAGCCAGCUGUGGAAGCGAGACGUGCCCCUCACAGAGCCCCUGGGUGUGGCCCCCGGCCCCCUCCCCACUGCGGCCCCCCUGGGUCCCAACAUCUCCUGGUUCCCCAAGGCCCCGCUGCUCACCCAAGACCAGCCCAUCUUCCUCAUGAGCACCGCGGCCCAGGCUGUGUCCGGGUUCUUUGUCUGGACAGCCCUGCUGUUCACCUGUCACCAGAUCUACAUGCACCUGCGUUUCUACAGCUCUCCUAACGAGCAGAGACACAUCGUCAGGAUCCUCUUCAUCGUGCCCAUCUACGCCUUCGACUCCUGGCUCAGCCUCCUCUUCUUCACCAACGACCAGUAUUACGUCUACUUUGACACUGUCAGGGACUGUUAUGAGGCAUUUGUGAUCUACAACUUCCUCAGCCUUUGCUAUGAGUACCUGGGAGGAGAGAGUGCCAUCAUGGCUGAGAUCAGAGGAAAGCCCAUCGAGUCUAGUUGUGUGUACGGGACGUGCUGUCUGUGGGGGCGGAGCUACAGUAUCGGCUUCCUGCGUUUCUGCAAGCAGGCAACGCUGCAAUUCUGCGUGGUCAAACCCCUUAUGGCCGCCAUCACUGUCCUCCUGCAGGCUUUCGGGAAGUACCGGGACGGAGACUUCAAUGUGGCUAGCGGGUACCUGUACGUGACCAUCGUUUACAACAUCUCAGUCAGCCUGUCUCUCUACGCCCUGUUCCUGUUCUACUUCGCUACCAAAGACCUGCUCAGCCCCUACAGUCCCAUGCUCAAGUUCCUCAUGGUCAAGUCGGUCAUCUUCCUCUCCUUCUGGCAGGGCAUGCUGCUGGCCAUCCUGGAGAAGUGUGGGGCCAUCCCCAAGAUCAGCUCGGCCCAGGUGACGGUCGGAGAGGGGACCGUGGCCGCAGGCUACCAGAACUUCAUCAUCUGCAUCGAGAUGUUCUUUGCUUCGCUCGCCCUGAGACACGCCUUCACCUACACGGUCUACAUGGACAAGAGGCUGGACGCACAAGGACCUAUUCCUACCUAUGGAGAGGAUGGUCGCUGCGCCCCCAUGAAGAGCAUCUCCAGCAGCCUGAAGGAGACCAUGAACCCAGGGGACAUGGUCCAGGAUGCCAUCCAUAACUUCUCCCCGGCCUACCAGCAGUAUACCCAGCAGGCCACUCUGGAGCAGGGUGCGGCUCCGCCCAUAUCUCGCACCCAGAGCACACUCAGCGGCCGAGGGGACACAGAGAAGACUCAGCUGCUCAGCUCAGAUGAUGAGUUCUAGAGAGCACUAGACACAUUUUAACGCUCUCAUUCAUCCAUAAAUACACACACACACAGAAGUGCACAAACACAAGCACAAAGGUAUGCACACAAGUACACACAUACACAUAUAUACACUUGUCAACAUGCAUAAUGUUUACACUUGUCUAGGAACUCAUGAGAACUUGUGCUUGCUGUCUAGUUUGAGGCCAUAGUCAUAGGGACUUUUCAUAGGGAUUUUCUGAGGUGGAACUCUAAAUUUUCAGGUCUUGAGAGCAUUUCUGCUAUCAUCCCCAGGAAAAUAUUUUUAAAAUCCUAAAUAAAUAAAGUCCUUCUGUAUCUCAGGAUGGUAUUUAAUCUCAAAUUCAAGCUUGCAGCUUGUCUGAGGCUUGCAGCUUGUCUGAGGCUUGCAGCUUGUCUGAGGCUUGCAGCUUGUCUGAGGCUUGCCUAACCCCCUUAAGAUUUCCAUGGCGGCAGUGUUUACAGUUUGUAGCAAAGGGACGAUAUGAAGGAGAAAUAGGAAGAGAGAGACACGAAAGGGAGAAGGAGAAAGAGGGAAUGAGUGGUUCAGUAGGGCGAGGCACUAGUAGAGCAUCUGCGUGGAUGUUGUUGUUGUUGUCUGUGAUUCAUCGAGGGCAACUGAAGGCUGUGUGGGGGAGGGGAGGGCGGGUUUAUGAGUGGAGUGGUGGAUAGACCGCACUUGAUCAGAUUAUAGAUUAAGAGAAAUCUGCCCACAGCCCAUAGGGUGCAAGUGGGAGGGCGAGCAACGCAGUAGUCUGGAUUAUACCAGUGUAAUAGGGGCAUUAUUUGUAUGGUAGGGAUUAGAGCUAGCUCCGGAGUUUGUCUCUCUUUGUGGAGCAAACCUCCACUGGAGGACUAUCAAGGUUAGCUCUAGAGGGGACAACACCAUAGUCCUCUAUGAACACAGCUCCUUCUAGAAAGGAAUAUAGGUCUCUUCUGUUUUGGAUACAUUUGGUCAGGAGGAAACUGUAGUUUGAAACAGGUUUAUUUCUGGUAUAUUUCACAAUCACUCAGGUUAUGACUGGGAUUAUAUCAUAGAUAACAUGUUUUUUUUGGAGUAACAUGCUAUGUAAUGGCUCCAGAGAUUCAGUCUUGACUAAAUUAGGAGAACUAGUAAAUGUUUGGAUAGCUUCGAUUUUAAGUCAUUUGUGUGAGUCAAUCUGUCCUUACAGUGCAACGGUGAGUCAUUGCAUGUCAUGCUCUAUCCCACCACCAGAGAGCAACCAUGAACGUCAGCCUGGAUUUGAACACACCCACACACACAGUUGUCUUUAUCAAACCAGACAUGCUUGUACCAAGUCAGUAGAUGGAAUGCAUUGUCUCAACACAGUCUUUACUCCCGUCCUUCUAGAUGUUUCCUGUACAGUACAGAGGCUGCUUGAGUUAAUGCCUGUCUUCCCCUUAUUCAGUCAGAGCAAAUCAGCCAAUCUGCUGCUUUUACGCAUAUAUUCUGGGUGCUUCAUUAAGACCUGAACACUUUUCCACUCCAGCAUAAAGCUGUUCUCUCUCAUCCUGAAUCAUAGUCUGGGAUGCUGCUUCAAGAUUCUCUGAGUUUCAUUAUGAGGUCACAGUGCUAAAAACCAUUGGAUUUUGUGGUCUUCUCUUUUGUUCUCUCUCUUCAGGAUGUACAUUUAUUUUAUUAUUAGAUGUACAUGUCCACUAAGGACUAAGAAAGUUGUAAAUAUGGUUUUACAUCAUACAGACAUCUUAAGUAAUAUUAAUCUAAUUGAAUUGAUGCAAUACGGCUUAGUUUUGUACUGCAGCUCAAUGAAAACUGUACUUUUUUAUUUUGACAAAGUUCUUUGUUCCAGCUCAUUGUAUUUUGUUAUAAAGCUUCUCUUAUUAUGCUUCUAUUUGACUUCAAAAUGAUGUUCAAACAAAUACAUAUACAGGUGAAGAAAAUAAAUAUAUUUAGUUUUGUUCUGA